CUACUGUUCAUGUUAGUUCACCGUCUCGCUCACUCAAUCACCAUCUCCCUCUAAAAAUAGUAACCACAUCAUCUUCCAUGGACUUUGGGACGCACUGAUGUGAGUGAUAUAUCUCUCUUUCACUUUGAGUCCUGUCUGCUUCAGCCCCACAUUACAAUACCGCUAUAUCUACAGUACAUUGGUAAAGUAAACCCCUCUCUCUCUCCCCUCCCCCCCCCGGUCAUAUCAUUUAUUAUCUGACGGGUGUUCUUGCUUUUUGUAUUUGUUCUUUGUUUCUCUGAUUAAGUCCUUCAUUUGAGAAUUUUUACCUGUUUCUUGAUUGGAUUCACGUGGUUUCAGACAUUUUUGUACUGUUCAGUUACGUGGGUUUGGAAUUUUUUAUAAAGGGUUCUUUUUUUCAAUCCAAUUGGCUUAUCAGGAAUUGAGAUUCCCAUGAUAUGAAGCUUCAAGGAGGAGAAUUUGUGAGGUCUUUCUCUUUGUAUAUAUGGGUUGGCUCUGUCGGUUUUGAACAGUUCUUUUCCGAUUAUCCAAUGGUUACCAGUAUCUAGUACUUACGCAUUAGUGGAUUUGGAGGUUAAAAUUCAACUUGGUUUCUGGGCUGAAAUGUACUAAGAAAAUUAUUUACUUUUUUUGGUUGUUGUAACUUGUUGUGCAUGAACUGUAGUGGGUUUGUGUGAUCUCUUAAACUGUGACCCAGUUGCUUGAUAUGGAGCCAUGGAAUUAUGUUGGUGAAGGGAAGGGGCUUGAGCCCGAUGGAAUAGUUUUGCCUAGUAAUUCGCCCUCGAGAAACAAGAAAACUUGGUUGGGUUUGGAAUUCAGAACGCCAUGUAGUUAUGGCAACCAGUUAGUCUCUGGUCAACAAGAAGCUGUUGAGAAUCAAGGUUUUGAGGAAUUGGGUUUUCGAGAGAUAAUUGAUAAACAGUUAGCCUACGAUUCGUUUGGCGAAGUUCUGAGCCGUCACGUUGGGGGUGGAAGAGUUGUUAAUCCAAUCACGGCCAUGUCAAAUGCAAUUGCAGAAGAUGACUCCACUUCUAAGCUCUCAAGCUCUGUGGUGGAUUCAAACAGUCGGGAUUCGUCCUUCUUUGAUUUGAAGCUUGGACGGCUUCCUGAUCACAGAGAUGCCUGUAAUUCUAAAUUUUCAAAAGGAAUUCCGAUCUUAUCUUCUUCAGAGUCAUCUGUACCUCCAGCGAAAAGAACACGGACAUCAUCAGGGUUACAUUCGCGGACUGCUUUCUGCCAAGUUUAUGGUUGUAACAAGGAUCUCAGCUCUUUUAAAGACUACAACAAGAAGCAUAAAGUUUGUGAGGUCCACUCCAAGACUUCCAAAGUCAUAGUGAAUGGCAUGGAACAGAGGUUUUGCCAACAGUGCAGCAGGUUUCAUUUGUUGGCUGAAUUUGAUGAUUGUAAGCGUAGCUGCCGUAAACGCCUUGCAGGCCAUAAUGAGAGACGCAGAAAGCCUCAAGUGGGUAGUCAAUUCCGCCGGGAUGGGAGAUUGCUUCAAUCAUAUGAUGGCCUUGUAGGUGGCAACAGAUUUCAGGGAAGUUCUAUAUCAACGACUUCCUUUAUUUGCCCAGAGAUUCUCCCUAGUGACCUCUUGCAUCCUGAGAAAUAUGGGACCAGUGACCAGUGCAGGCAUCUAAAAGCUAAAGAUAGGACUGACUAUGGGCCUCUGUCAACAAAUGAGCAUCUGCAUUCAAAAUUCCCCCUCCCUUGGGCUAUUGAAAAGCAGUCCCCCACUUUUCAUGAAAAUACUGCAACCGGAAAUAUUUUUUCAGCAAAUAUAAGUCAAUAUACACAUGAUAUAGGAGGCCCAACUUCUAGUUCACAUUCUCUUCUCCAGAACACAUCAUUCGGAAGUGAAGAAUUCAAUUUUUCUGAUGCAGCAUCAACCGCUCAAGGAUUAUCGAGAAUUUUAGACUCCGGUUGUGCUCUCUCUCUUCUGUCAUCUCAUUCACAGAACUCUUCAAGCCAUUUGAAUGGGAUUCCCAUGGCUUGUCCACUGAUCAUGCCAAGUUGCAAUCCCCAUGACAGCAUGGGUCAAGUUUCUCAGAGAUUCAUAGGAAUAAGUUCACAGCCUUCCUCAGGUGGAGUGUUGAAUAAGUUCCCUUCGUCUGAAAUUAAUUCUGCAGAAGAGAAUUGCCUUUGUCCAAUAACGCCAUCUGAUGGUAGUGGUGCUGUCAACUUUGGAAUAGCAGAUGGGAAUUUUCAAGGGUCUGUUAUUUUGAAUUCCAACGAUCGCCAUUCCUGUGAAAAUAGCCCUACCAUUGACUUGCUUCAGCUGUCAUCACAGCUCCAGCGAGUAGAGCAUCAGAGGCAGUCCAUGCAAAUGAAACAGCAGGAAAAUGAUGCUUUCUUCUGCCUCCGAAUCACAUAAACUCCUCAGCAAACAAGAUAAUACCAACUUGUGAUAUAACCCCAUCAGAAUGAUGAUUAUGUAUAAUACCAAGCGAAGGGUUUUAGUAUUCAAUUGAAAAAACAGAUCUCACUGUAACGCAAUGGGAACUGCACUAGUCAGAAAUUUCACCAGUCUACAACAAGGGAAGUGAAGGUUUAAAGACUAAACUCGUUUGCCUCUGGACAAUACAUUCUAUUGGCAACAGACUAGUGAAAAGAUAAGCGUUGAGGCGACGAUAGCUCGUCGCAGAGUCGUUGUUCUGUUUGUAAACAUCAUUAUUAAUGUUGCUAAUUUAUAAGUCAUGACUAUGAGACAAUUUCUUUCUGCA